UUUGUCAUGAAAGUCGUGCAUUUACAUUUCCACAAGCAGAUAUCUGUGAAGUUGUUAUUGAAGGAGGUCAAAGAAAGGUGUGUGGGCACAUUAUCCGCAAGGUGGUGAGUCUGACACCUGGCCCAACUUUGGGUACUGCACUAGUUGCCUUUUGCCGAGUAGUGCGGAUAGUCCUUGCUUCAUCAGCUGUCCGGACAAGGAAGAAAUCUGCCGGAGACGGGAGGGCAGGCACCAUGGCAAGUAUUUCCGGUAAUUUAGGUCACGUGCAAGAUGUUCAGUUGAUUGAAGGCUAUAUCCCACUCGAGACAGAAGAAAAGUCAGAUGCAACAUGGGAUCCGACUAUGCUUAUCAACGAGAUAUUUUCCGACAUCCGGCCAUGCCCGGACUAUGCGAAACGGAGUCUUGGCCAAGUUGCGACGGCUUCCCAGUCAGUUCCCAUGUCUGGCCUCAUCGAUAAACUGCCAUCCGGCGUGGAGAAGCCCAGCUUGCUCAAGGGUUGGAAGAGGAGAUUUGCUCGAUGCCAGAACUGCAACCUGUUUUAUUACGAGGAUAAUCGAGCAACUAGACCACUCGGCAUCAUCAAACUCGCCGGUGCCAAGGUGACAUUAGCAGCAGACCACACGUUCAGGAUCGUAGAAAAGGAGAGUGGUACUCUGUUCACGUUCCGUUGUACCACGCAAGCUUUCGCCGAAGACUGGGUAGCUUCCAUUAAAGAAGAGAUGGGCAAGGCCGAUGCUGUAAAGACCAAUACGCCAGAGAAUAGUGUUUCCACAAUUAUUGUCGACAUUGGCAGUUCUGCAUGCAGGGCUGGAUUUGUUUACGAAGGUGCCUAUCCGUCUGUUUGCUUCCCAACUGUAAUGGCAUACGAUAGAGUAACGAAAAACAAGGAUGAUGCCAUUUAUGGCAAGGAUGCGCUUCUCCCGAGCGUCCGUGAAAAAUCUGUUCUCCGGUAUCCUCUUCGAACAUCGCUUCACGUGAAAAAGUUCGCCGUUGAAGUGAACGAAAUCAUGGGUUUGAUCAAGCAUGCGUAUAGGUUGCUGGAAGCAAAGCCCACAGACUACAAGCUUCUACUGACACUUCCACAGUGUGUUCAGGUUUGUGACAAGCUGGAGUUGCUGAGCGCCCUGUUUGAGGACUUCCACUGUCCGGCAGUGUACCUAUCUGAGCAGGCCAUCAUGGCUCUGUACAGCUAUCACUUGACCACCGGUGUGGUUGUUGAUAUUGGUGAUCGUAUGGAUAUUGUGCCCAUCGUUGAUGGUGUGAUUAUUGAGAAUGGAGUAACGCGUUAUCCCUAUGGUGGACGUGCAGUCAAUGAGGCUAUGACACGAAAACUGGCUGAAGAAGGAUACAGAAUGUUCGCUGAUGUACAGCAGUAUGUCGUCAAGUACAUCAAGGAGCGGGCAUCUUACGUCGCUGACAAUGCCGAUGAUCAAGACUCCAGGUGUACCUCUAACCCAGCCGAAUGGACGGAGACAGUGGACUGCCGACGCUUCCGCAUGCCAAGUGGUAUCCUUUCUGUCAAGGUCUUGCAGUCGCGCUACAGAGCCUGCGAGGGAUUCUUCGACCCCAAUGUCUUUGGUUACGACAACGUGGGCAUUCAUCGUCUUGUUGAGAAGGCCAUAAAGGCCGCUGGUAUUGACAACAGGCGCGACCUUUGCCGCAAUAUCCUGCUCUCAGGAGGUUCUACCCAAACUAAAGGGCUACCUGCUCGACUCCAAGCUGAAGUGACCAACUUGAUGCCUGCUGGCUCACAAGUUCAGGUGCACAGCAACGAGGAGCGGCACUAUGCGGCCUUCAAAGGAGCUGCCGUGCUUGCAUCCCUGCAGAUGUUUGACACCUUGUGCAUAUGGAGCCAGGACUUCCUCUCCUGCGAGCCUGAUGACAGAAAGGGUCUACUGUCGCGCUGGCAGUAGAGGUCGGUGUACUCACGAUUCCAUCGUCUGUCUCCCUUCUAUUAGAAGAUUAUUUUUGCUAAGGAUAUUUGUCUGGUCUUGGACCGCUGAGUACCCGAUGCGGAGCACUGAUGGCUCAGCUCCCUGUUGCAUACUGUGCGUGCAAGUCUACUUUAACUCGUGCCCUUGUAUCGCCUGGAUUUGUUUGCACGGUGAUCCACUCUACCACCACCCGUGUUUGUCAUUCCGCAUAGACCAGGGCCUAUGCGAUUAGCGACCGCCACCUACCGCUACUGUUGUUGUCAACUUCCUCAACAGAUCACACCAUGCCAUAGUAUGCUUGCUACACAUGUAUGUUAGCAAUAUUUACGUCCUCCUUAUGAACGAAAAAGUUCUUGUUUCCGCAGACAUACGCCGUUUAAUUUUAUUCUAUAAAUAAUUCCCUUGAAUGCUGCUGACACCUGAUUUCGUCUUACAAGUUACAACUGAGUAUGCAAUGGAGCUGAAUCUCUUCUUGUCCAUUUAGAAUGCCCACCUACUUGUAGUCUGCAGGAGAACAAGCAAGGUAUUGUAAGAAAUGCUGCCCCGACCCAAGUCUGUACACAUGUAGUAGUCAGCCACGUUCAUCAAAGCAAGUGCCUUCACUUACUCUCAGAUUUUAUCUCAGUAUUUGCAGGUCUGCUUCUCUGCUUGUACUUGUCUAUCAAUCCUGCCAUGUGUAUUGCCGCUCUUUCACUUAUUCUUUUUCUCCAUCAUUGGCUGUUUACCCUGUUGCAUUCAGCGCCAAGUUCCGAGUUCUUUUUCUCACCCGGUCUACAGCUCGCUGCUCUGCAGUCUGUAAAACAAAGAACACAUCUUGUGGACCUUC